CAAACUUUGGCUUACCAUGCAGUGGUAGACAUUGUGAUCAAGGCCGAGAGGCAGAUGAUCCGUCAGAGAUGAGGGGGGAGACCAGCUCACAUCCACUGAGGGUCUCGUGCAUACCGGAACAUGCAUUCGCUCGUCACAGUUGGUUCGCCACUGCCUUCUCGACAGAGGGAGAAGUGCAAGCGUCUGCGUGUUCUGACUUCAAGUGACCAGAUGGUUGAACCCGGUCCGAAUUGCAACGGCCUGUGGCCAAAGUCACCACCCUGUCUCACAUAGCAAGGAUCGGCGGGGAAAGAUUCGCUCGAAAGGCUAUAAAGAGGGGUGAAGAAGCCUGACCUGUCGAAAUCAAACUCAACCGACAGUCCUCAGCUUCCAAAACUAAAUUGACAUCAGGAACCAGCGAGAGUCCUCGGACGACAACGCCCUCUGGUGUGCAGGCCAUUGAUAUCAUAGCUUCAUCUCAAACCAAGUUGAGUGGCAGCAGCAGUUGCCAGCUUCCCAAACGCUUCAUUGGCUCAGACUUCUUGUGAGUCAAACAGAACAACCGAGCAAGAUGUGUUACUAUGCCAGGACCGAUUUCCGUUGCGGAGAUUGGAGAUGGGGAAACAUGAAACAGCGAUGUCCUCGCCAGCCUCGAAUUGGCGAGACUUGCGGCGCUAGACUUGUCGAUACAGACAAUCUGUCCAGAACCAAUGAAGAUUGCAAGCAUUGCCAGGAGAAAGCGGUCAAAGAGAGACGUCUCCAGAAGGAGAGGGACAACCUGAGAAGAUGGAGGUCCGAGGGCGACAGAUUCGCAGCCAGUAUCGCCAAAGCCGAGGACGAGGUCGGUCGCCUCGAGAAGCAGAUCGCGGAGUUAAAUUCAAGACGUACCUCUGUCAUGUUCAGCGCCAGGCCCGACUGGUCAACCACCGUGUCACGCAACGUGUAAUAAGGGAUGAGCUUGCUGAGCGGGGGGAUUCAUCCGACAGUCAGCCUCCACCAAAAGUUGGUUUGUGAAGGGGGAAGCUGUUGUGACGACUCGAAAGCCCGGAGAAAAGCUGCAUUAGAGGGGAGUCCACAUUGAAACGAUAGCCAUGGCAUGUACCCGUCUUCCUUCGGGCGUACGGUCGGGCUGGUGGUGACUCGGGAAGGUUGCAAAAGUAUCAGGGAACAUGUCUCGAGCUGGGUGGGCGCCACGGUUCAUGGGGAAACAGAUUAAGCACAAGUAGGCAGGAGCAGUGUCCAGGAGCGCUAUCAUGAAUAAUGACCUUCAUUUUCCAUCAUCCUGGCAAGCAUGGCCGUCAUGCAGGAGGGGUGAAAGUGUCUUUUUGUAGGCGCCGUGGUUGCAUACAUGUGGAGUUUGGCCCG